GAGCGAGCGGGAGCGAGGCGGGGGGGAGGGAGGAACAUGGCGCCGCCUCCUCCGCCCUCGCCGCCGCCGCCGCCUCGGGUCCUCGUCCGCCCCGCCCCGAGCGCCCGGCCUGGCCCGGCCCCGCCGCCCCCGACCCGGGAAAAAUGCUGAGCAUCCAGCUGUGAGGGUCAGUGACAGCUGAGCUGCCGGCGGUGCACCAAGAGUCGGAACAGCCGUCCUUGCUGUGUUGGUCGUCAUUCGCAUGAACUGCCAGCGGUGCCCCCCACCAUUCUGAGAUUGCACGGGAGAACACUAAUAUCCUCGGAGGCAGCCACGUCUAACAGGAUGUUUGGACGAUGAUGAUGGCAAGGAAGCAAGAUGUUCGCAUUCCCACCUACAACAUCAGUGUGGUGGGGUUGUCUGGGACCGAGAAAGAGAAAGGGCAGUGUGGCAUUGGGAAGUCCUGCCUGUGCAAUCGGUUUGUACGGCCGAGAGCGGACGAUUUCCAUUUGGACCACACUUCGGUUCUCAGUACCAGUGACUUUGGAGGGAGGGUUGUUAACAAUGACCACUUUUUGUACUGGGGGGAAGUUGUGCGUUCUUUGGAGGACUGUGUGGAAUGUAAAAUGCAUGUCGUGGAGCAGACUGAGUUUAUCGACGACCAGACUUUUCAGCCUCACCGCAGCACCGCCCUGCAGCCCUACAUCAAAAGGGCAGCUGCCACCAAACUUGCGUCAGCUGAGAAGCUCAUGUACUUUUGCACUGAUCAGCUUGGACUGGAGCAGGACUUUGAGCAGAAGCAGAUGCCCGACGGGAAGCUCCUGGUCGAUGGCUUCCUUCUCUGCAUCGACGUCAGCAGGGGCAUGAACAGGAACUUUGAUGAACAGCUCAAGUUCGUUUCAAACCUAUACAAUCAACUCACCAAGACAAAAAAGCCCACGGUGGUGGUUCUGACAAAAUGUGAUGAAGGUGUGGAGCGGUACAUUAGAGAUGCGCAUACUUUUGCCUUAAGUAAAAAGAACCUUCAGGUGGUGGAGACCUCUGCCAGGUCUAAUGUAAACGUUGACUUGGCCUUCGGCACUUUAGUGCAGCUGAUCGACAAAAGCAGGGGAAAGACCAAGAUCAUCCCUUACUUUGAGGCUUUGAAGCAGCAGAGCCAACAGAUCGCUGCUGCAAAAGACAAGUAUGAGUGGCUGGUGAGCCGUAUUGUUAAAAACCACAAUGAAACUUGGUCAAAUGUCUCACGGAAGAUGCAGUCCUCUCCGGAAUAUCAGGAGUAUGUCUAUUUGGAAGGGACGCAAAAAGCCAAGAAGCUUUUCCUGCAGCACAUUUAUCGCCUCAAACAAGAGCAUAUAGAGCGCCGGAGGAAGAUGUACCUUGCCAUGUUGCCCCUUGCUUUGGACGCCCUCAUUCCAAAUCUAGAUGAAAUAAACCACCUAAGCUGCAUCAAAGUGGAGAAGCUGCUGGAGACUAAGCCGGACUUCCUAAAGUGGUUUGUCGUUCUCGAGGAGACGCCCUGGGACACCACCAGCCACGUAGACAACAUGGAGAACGAUCGCAUUCCGUUCGACGUGAUGGAUACCCCGCCUGCACAGCAGCUCUACGAGGCCCAUCUGGAGAAGCUGAGGAACGAGAGGAAAAGGGCAGAGAUGAGGAGGGCUUUCAAAGAGAAUUUGGAGACUUCCCCUUUCAUCACACCCGGAAAACCUUGGGAAGAAGCUCGCAGUUUCAUCAUGAACGAGGAUUUUUAUAUGUGGCUAGAAGAGUCUGUGUACAUGGAUAUUUACAGCAGGCAUCAAAAACAAAUUAUUGAGAAAGCCAAGGAGGAGUUCCAGGAACUGCUCCUAGAAUAUUCAGAGCUCUUCUAUGAACUGGAGCUUGAUGCCAAACCUAGCAAAGAAAAGAUGGGUGUCAUCCAGGACGUGCUGGGUGAGGAGCAGAGAUUUAAAGCAUUGCAAAAGCUGCAAGCCGAACGAGAUGCCCUGAUACUGAAGCACAUUCAUUUUGUCUAUCAUCCAACAAAAGAAACCUGUCCCAGCUGCCCUGCUUGCAUAGAUGCUAAAAUAGAGCAGCUAAUAAGCUCCAGGUUUAUAAGGCCAUCGGAUCGCAAUCAGAAAAACCUGCUUUCAGAUUCCAGCAUAGAUAGGAUCAACUUAGUCAUCCUCGGCAAAGAUGGACUUGCGCGUGAGCUGGCCAACGAGAUUCGAGCCCUUUGCACCAACGAUGACAAGUACGUGAUAGACGGGAAGAUGUACGAGCUCUCCUUGAGACCGAUAGAGGGCAACGUCAGGCUCCCGGUUAAUUCUUUCCAGACGCCCACAUUUCAGCCCCACGGUUGCCUCUGCCUUUAUAACUCCAAGGAGUCCUUGUCUUACGUCGUUGAAAGUAUUGAGAAGAGCAGAGAGUCAACGCUCAGCCGAAGGGACAAUCACCUAGCCCAUCUUCCUCUUACCCUCAUUCUGGUGAACAAGAGAGGGGAUGCCGGUGGAGAAACCCUACACAGCUUAGUACAGCAGGGCCAGCAGGUGGCUAGUAAACUGCAGUGCGUGUUCCUUGACCCGGCUUCUGCUGGCAUAGGGUACGGGCGCAACAUCCAUGAAAAGCAGGUCAGUCAGGUCCUGAAAGGCUUGCUGGACUCCAAGCGCAACUUGAAUCUUGUGAGCUCGACGGCCAGCAUUAAAGACCUGGCUGAUGCCGACCUUCGGAUUGUAAUGUGCUUGUUGUGUGGAGACCCUUUUAAUGCAGAUGAUGUCCUCCUGCCUAUCCUUCAGCCCCAGACCUGUCGGCCUUCCCCUUCUGGAAGCAGUAAUGCUGUGUUACUUGAAUAUCCCAUAGGACCACACAAGCGGCGCAUAGAACUCUCCUUGCUCUCUUUCCAUUCCGCCUUUAGCAUUAGAAAAAGCUGGUUGGUCCAUGGUUACGUUUUGUUUUACUCGGCUAAGCGUAAGGCAUCUUUGGCUAUGCUGCGUGCCUUUCUUUGUGAAGUACAGGAUAUCAUCCCUGUUCAGAUUGUGGCGCUCACUGAUGGUUCAAUAGAUGUUCUGGACAACGAUUUAAGUAGAGAACAGUUGAUAGAGGGGGAGGAAAUCGCCCAGGACAUAGAAGGAAAGUUUACAGGCAUCCCAUGCGGUCAGCCUCAACAUAAGCUAGAGAUUUUUCACUUGUUUUUCAAGGAUGUUGUGGAGAGAAAAAACAUCAUUGAAGCUACGCACAUGUAUGACAAUGCUGCCGAGGCCUGCAGCACCGCGGAAGAAGUGUUUAAUUCUCCCCGGGCUGGCUCCCCUCUCUGCAAUUCCAGUCUUCAGGAUUCAGAAGAAGAUAUUGAGCCUGCGACCUACAGCCCUUUCAGAGAUGACACGUCCACGCCCACCCUGUCCAAAGAUCUUUCCAAACUUUCCAUGGAACUGGAGGGGAACGAUGGGCUUUCUGUCUUUUCUGCUAUGAGCACUUUUGAAAGCAAACUCAACAACAAAGUACCUCCACCAGUGAAGCCAAAGCCCCCUGUCCAUUUUGAUAUCACCAAGGGGGAUCUCUCUUAUUUGGAGCAAGGACAUAGAGAAGGACAACGGAAACCUGUGUCUUCUAGUAGCUGGCCACCUACCGAUGGCUUUGACCCUUCUGAUUACGCAGAACCAAUGGAUGCCGUGGUAAAACCAAGGAACGAGGAGGAAAAUAUCUAUUCUGUGCCUCACGACAGCACCCAAGGCAAAAUCAUCACCAUUCGUAACAUAAACAAAACACAGUCCAACGGUAGCGGCAAUGGGUCAGACAGUGAAAUGGACACUAGCUCGUUAGAGCGUGGUCGCAAAGUAUCCAUAAUUAGUAAACCGGUGCUGUAUCGGACAAGAUGCACGAGACUUGGCCGAUUUGCCAGUUUCAGGACCAGUUUCAGUAUAGGGAGCGACGAUGAAUUGGGGCCCAUUCGGAAGAAAGAGGAAGACCAGACUUCCCAAGGUUAUAAAGGAGAUAAUGCUGUAAUUCCCUACGAGACUACUGAUGAAGACCCAAGGAAAAGAAAUAUCUUGCGUAGCUUGAGGAGAACAACCAAGAAACCAAAGCCUAAGCCUCGACCAUCUAUCACAAAGACUACAUGGGAGAGCAACUAUUUUGGGGUGCCUUUGACCACUGUAGUGACCCCAGAGAAGCCCAUUCCUAUUUUUAUUGAGAGAUGCAUUGAAUACAUUGAAGCAACAGGGUUGAGCACUGAAGGGAUCUACCGGGUGAGCGGAAACAAAUCUGAGAUGGAAAGUUUACAGCGGCAGUUUGACCAAGAUCAUAACCUAGACCUCGCAGAGAAGGAUUUCACGGUGAACGCAGUAGCUGGAGCCAUGAAGAGCUUCUUCUCAGAGCUGCCUGAGCCCCUGGUACCGUACAACAUGCAGAUUGAGCUGGUGGAGGCCCACAAGAUCAACGACAGAGAGCAGAAACUGCACGCACUUAAGGAGGUGCUGAAGAAGUUUCCCAAGGAGAACUACGAAGUUUUCAAAUACGUGAUCUCUCACUUGAACAAGGUGAGCCACCACAGCCGAGCCAACCUGAUGACCAGCGAGAACCUCUCCAUCUGCUUCUGGCCCACGUUGAUGAGGCCCGACUUCAGCACCAUGGACGCCCUCACCGCCACGCGCAUUUACCAGACAAUCAUCGAGCUCUUUAUCCAGCAGUGCUCUUUCUUCUUCUACAGCCGGCCCAUCGUUGAGCCCCCAGGCGCCACCCCCAAUUCUCCCUUGGCCAUCCCCAUCAGCACACCUUUCCUGUCCUCCACGCCGGUGGUCACCCAGCCAUCUCCUCCGCAGACGCCUCCGCCCUCGCCUCAGUCUCCCCUCCAGGCCCUUCUCCCCCCGCAGCUCCAGGCCGAGCAGCACACACUGUGAACCCAGGCCCGGCCAGGGAGAAAGGCCUGCUUCCGUUCCCACGCGGAGGGCGAGACUGGAAAGCUGCUCCCCCCGGCAUUAUCGGCCCUCCCUCUCCUCCCGUCGCCGGGCUACAAACUUCAGUUGGGCUGAGCAAUGGCAGGCUGCCGCGCCGGACCCUUGGGAAGCCUUGUUCCGCCUCGGUGCCUAGCACGGGAGGGCACGCCGGGUCUAGGAGGAGGAGGAUGUUCUCAGUAGGGAGAGAUUUGGACCCCUCUUUCCAGGCAGAACCGAUUCCAUCAGGAUCUACUCUGGCCCAAGCAAGGCUGCAGUACGCAAGCGAGCACUGCCAGGUUCGGCCGGGCAGGUUUAGCCUGGUGGCUUUGGACCGGUCCCUUCUCAGCCCCAGUCAGUGCGUGAACAGAGAGGACUGUUGGAGCCAGAGCCCCCCCCCCCCGCCAAGCACAUUCCAGGAACGAUUAUAGCGGAGGCCUUUCCUGCAGUGCUGGACACCUCACCCGGGUUGGGGACCCCACCUUUCCUUUAGGCCGAUUUGUACCACCCCCAGUAGUAGCUCAGAAGACCUGGAUCACCUCAACUGAAACAAAGGCUGGAACGUAACUUCCUCUUGGCCUAAACGUCAAGGCCGGUCUCAAGAGUGGGAAGAAGAGUCCUGGGAAUUGGUGGCUGGCAGUUUCCUGGGCAGGGCAGGGCAGGGCCGGGCGGCAGCAGUCCGGCCUCGCUGGCCGUGCCGCCUUCGCACGACAAGCCCUGGCAUCUCUCUCCCUCUCUGUCCCCGCCCUUGGAGGAUAUUGGUGGUAGCACUUAACGGAGGAGCGAGAGACGAGAGAAGGACACGCGUGUCCGUUUGCAGAGGGUGUUGGUGUGCUGCCGUCUGGCCUGGGUCUGACUGCUGUGGAACACUACGUUGACAGAAACACGGCGGUUAAUUCUGGUGUGUGCGCCUGGCUGGAAGCAAGUGGUUGCAAGAGGGGGGGGGAAGCUGUCAGCGAGUAGAGAGGAGUCGGGCCCGUCAACCCCCCCCCUCCCUUUGAGCGGCACCAGUGGAGUGUUUGGAAGGCCUCCCGCUGCUGCUGCUGCCGCCCCCGGGUUCUUGGAGUGGCUGAAUCGACUCGCGUGGGAGACGCAGACCCCAGAAAGAUCUGUCAGAAAGAGGGGCUUAAAGGGGGAAAGCGAAGGGCUUGUUCCCGGCCACGUCGGUGCAAACGCUGUAGAUGCCGCCGGGCUGAGAGGGAGCUCUGAGCCAGCCUCCCUUGGGGCGUUCCUGACCCGCUCGCUGCCCAGUCAGGAAGGUGGCAGCAAGUGAGGGGUGGCCGCCAUGCCGUGGGAAGGAGAAUCUGAACGGGAAUUCUUAAAACCUCCGAACAGAGCGUCCACAGUGGGGUUGGUUACCCUGCCCACAACUCUGAACCCUUGCCAGUGUGCCACCACCCCCCUUGGCACCUUCCCAAGCGGCUGCUGUCCGCUCUCUUCCUGGUCACUGUCGACGUGUGGCAGGCAUGCAGAGGUAGAGGCUGGUGCCCCAGGGGAACUCCUUGCCUCCUCGCUCUUCUCUCGCCCUGGAAGGCCCUGAUGGUCCCUGUCAGUCCUGCCCUCUUUUCCCAGCCAAAGGCUCGUGCUGGGCCUGCGCACAGCUUGGCGUUGCUCCUCAGCUCAUGUGAGGUUCCUGUUUGGGGAAACACUAGAAAUGGACCACUAGGGACAGCCGGUCAGGGUUUCUGCACCAUGUAUGUGAAUGGGGAUUGUGUAUCAGCAGUGCCUGGUAAACCGCCCUGUUUGUGUUUGUGUGUGCGUGUGUGUGAGGGAGAGGGAGUGUGGGUAUAUUUGUUCUCAUUAACAGGGCAGUUUUAACUGGAGUUUCCACGGUACCACUGGGAGGACAUGGGAGCGAUCCCUACGCCAUCCUCACUAUCUAUUCGCACUUUAAAAUGAAACCUGUGGUUUAUUGCUGUUUUUAGCCUUUCAAGGAUAUUUGUGUUACCUUCAUUUGGUGGGAGUGAAAUUCCGGUCCUUCUCCCCCCCCCCCCAUUACUCUUCCACUUUCAUUCUGCUUCCUGGUAUCCAGAGCCCUCUCAUCAGCAAUCUCUCUCUCUCUCUCUCUCUUAUAAAUAAGCUGAAUUAUGUACUCCUUAUUUUAGAACCACAUUUAAAAGUUGUAUCUGUGUCAGAAUCGUGUGCUUGAAAGCCUCUCUCGCAAGCAUUCCUCCCUUGUUUUAUAUUCUCAUGCAUUAACGAUGAAGCUUUUCUGUAAAUAAUGGAAAUGGUUUGUUUUAAACUCUUACGAGGAAAAUGGAAGCAGCCCGCCUCCCGUGGGUUACGCAUGCGCCACGCAACACAGGCCGGCCACCUUGCGGGGAGGAGGCUGAGAAGGCUGGAAAAGCUCCGUUCUGACUGUGUCCUGGGUGAAGAAAGGAGGGCCGGGGUCCCACCUGGGCUGCGGUUGGCCCAGAGGGGGGCGGGGGGGCUGUUCGCUGCCUGGAACGGGGCUUCUGUUGUGCGUGCAGGGUGUGCUGUGCCUUCCUCGUGAGUGUGCUGAAGGUCUUCCUCUUGCUAGCAGCUGUUUUGGUUAGGGAAGGCAACCUGACCUCGAGGCCUCCCUCCAUCCCGUGUCCGGCCUUGGCGUGGCCAUUUGGACCCGUGCUUGCUCUGGGGCCCCCUCCUGAGAUGGGCACUUGAGGUUGGCAGGGGGAGGAAGGGCUGGAGGUGCCCCACAGAGGUCAGUCGGUGGCCUCGGUCGCUGUGCUUAAGAUUGAGGGCAGUCACCUCUCUGCCUGCCUGCUUUUGCGGGUUCCCCAAGCUGAGGACAGGCCAUCUCCUGCGCAAAAUGGAGAAGAAUCGCAGCGGUCCUUGGGUGGCCUCGGCCAGCUUGGUGGCCCCCGGAUGAGCCGGGGCACCUCCCAUCGGCCCCGGGGCAGGAGGUGGGCCGUGAUCCGUCUCAUCCAGACAGCUCCAGCUGGAGGGUUCGCUCGUCCAAACCCUGCCUGGGGUUGUUUCUGAGAAGGAAGGUUGGCAGCCUGGGGCUGGGAGAGGGCCCCCCUGUGGCCCCAGCAGUGCAGUUUUUCAGGGGUUCCUGGCAAGAUUAGAGCAUUGCUGCAGAUCAUCUGUCUGCUUCCCUCACCUGCCGCCAUCCCCUCUUCUGAAACCAGAGGCGCUUGGUAGGCCCUUAAACUGGGCCCGGCCCCCCAAAACACUACCUACAUCUUCCAUUUCCAGGGGCUCUCUCUUGAUGGCAGCACAUCUCCUGAGCAGCACCAUCCCUUUGCACACACCAGAGGCAAUGCCACUUCCUCAUCUUGGGGUCUCCCCCUGGUCCAGAUGUGUCUUUGCGCUUUUCCCGGCUUCUGCCAGCCUUUCCCGGUUCCUGCUUUGCUGGAGGCUGUAAGGGGCCGACCCGUCUGUUGCCCUCCCAUCGUUGCCUGUCCUUUCAGGGAGUGGCAGAGCUUUUGCCCUCCGUGGUGCAAGUUGGACGAUUCCCUCUGCCCUUUUAUGGAAGCCCUCCAGGAUGUGCCUCAUCCCACCGUGUUGCCCUCCCUUUGAGCGCGUGGCUGGGCUGGGCUCUUCUGCAGCGAGAGACGCGCGCACGGCAGGUUUGUGGUUCUCACCUUCCCGUUAAGAAUGAUCUGCCCCCAUGGUGGGAAACCAGGGCGUUUCGAGGCUCGCCAGCUCUGGUUUGCAGGGGCAUCCUGUUUUGUCACCACUACAGAGGGCAUUGGGCUGACCGGCGUGUGAUUUUUCAAAAGUUCUCUGAAACGAAAGUCCUGAAUUGCUUGUCCGAAUCAAUCAUUUGUCCUUUGGUGACUUAGCAGCAGCAGCAUUCAAAGCCUGGCUUAGGUCUUACUUUAUUUUCAUAGAAGCGGCAUCUGGCGUUGGUUCCUCCUAAGGCAUUUGUCCUCUAGCCGGCUGGGGGCAUCCCUAACUCUGAAAGUCAAUUGUCCCAAAAUCACCCAGUCAGUAUUCUUUAGAGGUCCCACUGUGGGGGUGUGUCCCCUGUUGCUGCCCCUCUUGAUAGGUCCUAGUUUAACUGUUAGGUCAAAUUCCCUUCUCCCCUUUUGGUAAAAUGGAAAUACAAUAGAAAUAUUGUAUUCUAAAUGUAGUUUAAGGCAGGGCAUAAGUUAUUGUUUAAAAUAAUCUUAAUUUUUUUUCCUGUGUAUAUUAAAAAGAAAAAACCACAUUUCUUUCUCAAAUUGUGUGGGAAUAAAACUUACCCCCAAAAGUUGGAUUUAGUUCUGCACUCAGCUUUUGUUUGUUUUUUCCUGGUACUUGUAUUUUCACAUGUAAAAUUAUCUCUAUAUAUGUUGAAUUAACAUUUUUAAUUGAAGAAGACAAUUAUUAAUGGUCAUAAAAUGUGUUAGUAGUUCCACCUAAACAUGCGCCCAAAACACUCUUCAGAAAAAACAAAAAUUACCGAAAGACCUGUAUGUAAAAAAAAAAAAAGGAUAAUGGUCAUUUCUCUGUAUUUUUAGGAGCCUAACGACAUCCUUUAGUUAUUGGUGAUAGAAUAUAUUUCCUUUUUAUGCUUCUAUUAAGGACAUUUUUAACUCUUUGUGGCUCUUUCUCCUCCCCUCCCUCCCAGCCCAUCCAAUUAGUGCAUGAAAAUGUUGAAAUCUCUGGGCAAACGAAGAAAAGCCCCUUUUUUGCUGAAUUUAAAAAGGAAGAAAAAUCAUGUUAUUUGCUACAGAGUAUUGUAUGUGUCUCAAUGGGAAUGGUGUAAAAACUUAAAGGCCUUAUGUGAUAUGUAUCAUAGUUAAUAAAUCAAUCUUGUAAAAAAAAAA